CCCCCUGCGAUGGCGGCGCUCGUGGCUGCGCCGACUGCGGCGCGCUCUCCGCCCCGGCCGAGCUCGGCCCGGCAGCGCUGAAGCGGCCUGGGGAGCGGCUGGCGCGGCCCAUGUCCUCCCAGGGGGCGGAGGAGCCCGAGCCGCCCACCCGUGCUGCUGCGGCGAGGGAGGCGGCUCCGGCGGCGGCCGCUCCGCAUUGUGCGCCGCGCGGUAGCGGCGGGAGCAGCAGCUUGGCGAGCGAGAGCGGCGGCCCGGCCCGGCGGGAGCCCCCUUUGCCGCCCCUCGCCCGCCAGCCCAGCCCCAUGAAGGAGCCGGGCGGCCCCGGGGCAGCGGGCGGCGGCGGGGAGGGAGCCGCCGCCGCUUCUCCGGAAGGCAAGGAGGGCACAGGAGGGGCCGUCGCCCCCGCCACGGGGGCGCAGAUUGAGGGCGGCAGCAACGGCAGCGGCGGCAGCAGCGUCAAUGUUGGGACAAGAGCCUCUGUGGGCAGAGAGCGCUUGAAGAGGACCCAGAAGAUUAUGAAAGCAGAAGGUUGCGAUUCAGCCAUGCCUCAAGCAUCGCCUAGUGAGGAUGCGGCAGCAAUGACCGAGGUGAAGGUGAAGACGGAAGUCCCGGAUGACUACAUUCAGGAGGUGGUCUGGCAGGAUGACCCAAAAGAGCCGAAGAAGAAAGGUGGCGGGGUAGCCGAGGUGCCUGCAGAAAUUUGUGUGGUGAUUGGUGGGGUCCGCAACCAGCAGACUCUCGGGUCAUAUGAGUGCGGAAUAUGCGGAAAGAAAUAUAAGUACUACAAUUGUUUCCAGACCCAUGUUCGAGCGCACAGAGACACAGAAGCGGCAUCAGGCGAAGGAGCCUCCCCGGGGAAUAACUUUAGGUACACGUGUGACAUUUGUGGGAAGAAGUACAAAUACUACAGUUGCUUCCAAGAGCACAGAGACCUGCAUGCGGUGGAUGACCCCUACGAUCAAGCAAUGAUUGCCAAGGAGGAGGUGAAAGAAGAGGAGCCCGAGCCCUUUCAGAAGAUUGGUCCAAGUAUGAUUGAUCGAGUUUGCAACUUAAAAACAGGCAACUAUACCUGUGAAUUCUGUGGCAAGCAGUACAAGUACUACACGCCAUACCAGGAACAUGUGGCCCUUCACGCACCAAUCAAGUACUCUCGAUCUCCACUCUUCGUGGCUGUGAAGACCCAGGCGAGCCAAUCGGGCAAAAAAACGCCGACGGCGCCCAUAAUCCGGUGCUCCACCCUCCUCCACCGCACUCCCUCCGGUAUCCCACCGGCGGCAUCCCCGUCACAGACGUUCCGCGCUCCAAAUUCUGGAUCCCCAGGAAGCAAGGCCACCACAGCAGAAAGUGCUUUCAGUCGAAGAGUGGAAAGCAAACUGCAAAACAACUUUGAAGAAACUAACAGCAGCUCCCAGAACUCCAGUGAAACCGCCAGUCCUCUGGUUUCAAAUCCUUUACCGCUUUUGCAAAAGCCAUACACCUGUGGGGCCUGUGGCAUCCAGUUCCAGUUCUACAACAAUCUCCUUGAGCACAUGCAGUCUCACGCAGCUGACAAUGAAAACAACAUUGCCUCAAACCAGCCCAGGUCACCUCCAGCUGUGGUGGAAGAGAAGUGGAAGCCGCAGCCACAGAGGAACAACUCCAACAACACAUCAGCUGGCAGCUCCCUCCUGAACAGCCCCAUCCCGGAGAAGGAGCGGCAGAACAUAGCAGAGCGGCUGCUGAGGGUGAUGUGCGCUGAUCUGGGGACGCUGAGUGUGGUGAGCGGCAAAGAAUUUGUUAAACUGGCGCAAAGUCUUGUUGACAACGGUGCUCGCUAUGGCGCCUUCUCCGUUACGGAGAUCCUUGGCAACUUCAACACGCUAGCCCUCAAGCACUUGCCCCGGAUGUACAACCAGGUGAAAGUGAAGGUCACCUGCGCUCUUGGCAGCAAUGCCUGCUUGGGCAUUGGCGUCACCUGUCACUCGCAGAGCAUUGGCCCCGAUUCCUGCUACAUUCUGACGGCAUACCAGGCGGAAGGCAGCUGCAUCAAGAGUUACGUCCUUGGGAUCAAAGGGGUGGACAUUCGUGAUAAUGGGGAUUUGGUCCACCACUGGGUGCAAAACGUGCUUUCCGAGUUCGUUAUGUCUGAGAUCCGGACCGUGUACGUCACAGACUGCAAGGUGAACUCCUCUGCGUUUUCCAAGGCGGGCAUGUGUUUGCGUUGUUCUGCGUGUGCCUUGACCUCCGUAGUGCAGAGCGUGCUUAACAAGCGCACCCUCCAAGCACGCAACAUGCACGAGGUCAUUGAGCUGCUGAAUGUCUGUGAGGACCUGGCGGGCUCUGCAGGGAUCUCCAAGGAGACCUUUGGCUCCCUGGAGGAGACCUCCCCUCCCCCCUGCUGGAACUCCAUCACGGACUCUCUGCUGCUUGUCCACGAACGCUAUGAGCAGAUCUGCGAGUUUUAUAGCCGGGCCAAGAAGCUAAACCUUAUCCAGAACCUCAACAAGCACCUGCUGAGCAACCUAGCGGCCAUCCUGGCUCCGGUGAAACAAGCCGUCAUUGAACUGAGCAACGAGAGCCGGCCAACGUUGCAGCUGGUGCUGCCUACCUACGUGAAACUGGAGAAACUCUUCACCUCAAAGGCCAACGACGCGGGCAUUGUCAGCAAGUUGUGCCACCUUUUCCUGGAAGCCCUGAAGGAGAACUUUAAGGUGCACUCGGCUCACAAGGUGGCCAUGAUUCUAGACCCUCAGCAGAAACUGCGCCCAGUCCCCCCUUAUCAGCACGAAGAGAUCAUUGGCAAGGUGUGUGAGCUGAUCCACGAGGUGAAGGAAUCUUGGGCCGAGGAGCCCGAUUUCGAGCCCGCCUCCAAAAAAUCUCGGACCUCGAGUGAGAGUUCUCCGACUCGGGAGGAAGACCGGUCGGGCAAAAGCGAGGUCUAUGAUUACUUGCAAGAGCCCCUUUUUCAGGCGGCCCCUGACCUCUUCCAGUACUGGUCCUGCGUGACGCAGAAGCAUACCAAGCUGGCCAGACUGGCCUUCUGGCUCCUGGCAGUGCCCGCUGUGGGGGCCAGAAGCAACUGCGUCAACAUGUGCGAACAAGCCCUCCUGAUUAAGAGGCGGAGACUGCUGAGCCCUGAGGAUAUGAACAAGCUCAUGUUCUUGAAGUCCAACAUGCUUUAAAACGAGGGGGGGGUGCCCUUCCAGAACACGUCCCCGCCACACGCAAACACUGUUCCAAAUCCAGAAUCCACUGUGGACCUCAUUCGGAACACCCUGGGAAAUAAAAAGUGCUUUUGAUAUACAUAUUGAUACCUCUAUAUUAAUAUGUAUAUAAAAAGCUCAAUGGAAAGGAAUGCGGGUGAGAAGAACACAUAUGCUAGAAACACACUCCUUCCUUUAGAUUUCUGUGUGAACUUGAUAAAACCUCAUGUUUUGAAGAGGGCAGGCCAGUUAGUCUGGGGUCUUUAGGCAGCUGAGUUUCUAAAUUAACUUGAAUGGUUGUUUCAUUAUUACUCUUUUCAGAAAUAACACCCCCCACCCCCCAACAGCCAACCUUCUGUUUUCCUUCCCCUCUUUGGAGCCCUGAUGCCAGGGACAGCCAGCCUUGUUGAUCUCUGCCAGUUUUUGGGCCCACUGGAUGGCUCCUCCUAUGAGCCGGUGUCCCCUCAGGGGUACUCAAGGUUUCCUCUUGGCAACAUAAAACAUGACCUGUUUGCAGGCAGCUGUCCUUCAGAAACAGGAAUGGAGACUUGAAGAAUUAAAAAGAAAAAAUUCCAGGAGAAAAAAGAUACCUGACUUCGAUACCAGUGACUUGACUACUCUUAAGGAAAAAAAAAAAGAGGGUGGUGGUGGUGGUGAUUAAAACCUGAAAGAAUAUUUUGCAGAAAAGAAUGUUCAAUCCUGCUGUUAAAGUCCCCACUAGCCACUCUGCCUAAACUGGGUGGCAUUUAGGUUUCUGUCCGUUGGCUUGGGAAGAGGCGCAGGGAGGCUUUUUGUGUCCCCUCAAAAUGCUGGCCAUAAAGCAUCAGUAGGAAGCUCUUCCCUGCCAGGCAGCCUGCUCCACACCUGUCCAUCUCCCAGCCUUCAGAGACAUUUUGCUAUGUAAGAACUUCUUUUGAUACUCUUGCCCAGUUCCCACGUUCAGAGCAAUAGUUGACUUGAGGCAGUUGUCCUUUGAGCAUCGCAUUUCUGGCUUCACUCCUGGCGAGGAGGCGGAAGGUAAGAGCACAGCCGAGGUGCUGCGGUUCUGCCUGGGCUGCUGGCACGCCUCUUCUGGGGCCUGGUGGUUUCUCUUGGGUUGCACCUGGUGGUGGCGGUGGUGGUGUUUUGGUUAGGCAGACCCAAACUGCAGCAUCUUCUUCUUCUUCUUCUUCUUCACUUCUCCUCCUCCUCCUCCUCCUCUUCUUCCUCUUCGCCUUCGUCUCCUCCUCCUCCUCCUCCUAAGUAUUGUUGGCAAGAGGAACGGAAGGGAUUACCCAGUUUUGCCUGCUGCCCGUGGAGGUGCUCCUCAUCCUGCCAGCAGCAGAAGGGAUGAUGCUCCUUGUGGGGUGGGGCACACACCGCCUGGCCCUCAGUUGAGCCAUCCCGGUAUGGCUUAGGAGAGACCCGUCCCAUUUCUCUUCCCUUUCAUGCCAGCUGCCAGCCAGACAACUGUUGGAGACCCCUGAAAGGGGCUUAGACUGUGACCCUGCCUGUACUCCAGCCCUGCUGCCCACUGGAGUGGAUCUCCCCCCCUCCAUUAGAGCCCAGGGUGAUCCACUGCUGCAUUUGCUGCUCCCCCUUCAACACUGAGGGGAGGGGGAUGGUGUGGGUCAUUUCCCUCUGAAGGUAGUUUGGGGGCUGCCCCAUUCCAUGUUGCACAUCUAAGCUUUAAAGUCUGCAUCGGCCAGGCAGCGUCUCCACCAGGAGGUCACUGUGAUCUUUAGUGAGAUUUAGAUUAUUGUAACUCUCAUCUAACUAAGCUGUGUUGGUCACGCAGAUACCUGGACGGGGUUUUUGAAUACCUUUCUCCUGCUGGUCUCUUCUUCAUGUUCCUUCUCUUCCUCCCCUGGACACUGGGGUUCUUGUGAGCAUAGGUUAACUCUUCGAAUGCUAUGAAAUUUAAACAGAAAUUUAAUCUCCAAGAACAAUUGUUCACUCUUUUAAAUCUGCCUUAGGUGUUCUCAUAGAUCUGGUUAUUACAAAUUUUCAUAAGAAAUGCACGCCUAGCACAAUAAAUACGAAGACAAGAGGAAUUCCAUUCUGAAUUUUGGAAUUAUUUUAAAAUCCCUCAAUUCUGACAUUGUUUUUAAUUUUUUUUAAAAAAACCACACGGCAGGAGAAUGAAAUGCAUGGCAAUUGCUCACAGGCAUCACUGUGUUUGGGGGUGGACAGGCAUGGCCUCCUCCGUCAUGAAUGCGGUGGGAGAGAAGAGAACGGGAGCAGGGAGCAAGUCAGAUGUACAAGAAAGCCCCUAAGUGGAACUCUCAAGCUAAUGACGUUUUUGUGCUAGAACAGCAAUGGUGGGGAUGCGACACCUUCACAAGCAACAGGAAUGUCAGGGUAGGAGAAUAUCCAGACAAAUCUUGUGCAUAUUGAGGAAGAAGGUGGGACAAAGCCAGAAGCUGGGGCAAUGGUGUGGGAAACUCUUAAGGUUGUCGACAAAUUAGCUCCGCUGUUGCCUUUGCGAAGCUGGUUUGGGAGUGGGGGUGGGGAGUUGUUUCCGUUCCAUUGCCAGCUUCUCUGACUGGUGAGGAAACCGGGGGCCCACCUCCUAAGGGGUGGCCCCACUUUCAGCAGUCACGGUUGCAGGGCUUGGUUGGGGUCCGAAGCGGAGGAACUGAAUGCCCAGAGAAGUGGCUUCAGAAGGCCCCUUGCGCUCCAUCUGCAGGCCCGCUUGCAGCCACCGAAGCGGGCACUCUAUAGGGCUGGCUGGCCACAUCUAGGUCUCUCCUGCUGUGGCUUAGGCUCCUGUGCACCACACAUGGCUGUGCACCACACACGGCUGCCUCAACAGUGCCCUGAACAGCCAGCGGAGGGUAUCCAUCUCUGCUUCUCAAAAUAGGUGAGUCCGUGUCACCGUGAAGGACUUGGGAGAGGUGGCAGGCGAUCCCUGAGAAGCCAUGUUCUCAUUCUUCUUGCCCUCAGGCAGACAAUUUCCAGGGUGAUGAGUUUUUUAAAGUACACACAUUUUCUAAGGCGGAAAAUGAUCGCUCCUAAGAGAACGAUCAAGGAGCUGAAGAGCAAUCGCCCACUCUAGGGCUGAAGCUGCUGGGAGAGGGGAGAACCUCAGUGGGACCAUAGGGUAGGAGGGUGGAGAACUUCCUUGGGUUCUGGAAAAGGCUUGAAGCAGUUCUUGUGGGCACGGGUUCAAAGGAUUAGUGGAGGCCGCCUGACCAAUCAGCAGAUGGGUCCAAUGCCAGCUUGGAUAAAUGACCUCUCCACAUUUUCUACCUCUUUGGUGUUUCUUGAGAGCUUCCUCUGUCUGCCAACUACCAACUGCUGUCACAAGGAGGGGGUUUGGUCUUUGGCCACUUGGAUAGUCAACCCAUGGUUGAUCAAUUCCAUGGUGUAGAGGUUAAAACUGCGGCGAAUGUCAGCAGGAGCCAAAGCCAGCAGUAGUCGGGCUGCCUGUCGGACCCCUUCCCGCUCGUGAAUUGGGAUGGUGGUGCGGAAAGGCCCGGCGAAGCCUGGCAUGGGGGAAAAGCAAGCGUGUUGCCCCUGUCUCGGGUAGCUUGGUGUUCCUGGCAAUACGAGAUGCUUCCGAGACUGCAUCUUGCUACCUUGGAGAGUUGCAUAAAUCUAAAUGUCAUCUUAAAGAAGAGAGAACAGAAAAAAAUUAAAAAAGUAUAUACAAAAAAUAUUUUUAGGCCAGAGUUUUCUACAGGUAUUAAUGAAUAUUUUUCUUAAUCCUCAUAAGUUUUACUGUGUUUAAUAUUUCUUAAUACCGGUAGCAUUAAUUUAUACUUUUGUAGCAACACACUAUUUUUAUAAAACGCCACCACUUGGCUUGUCUUCGUGAGGGGAGGGGGGGAUUGUGUGAGGGCAAUGUGCUGACCCAUGUACUGUAUUUAAAAAGAGACAAGUUAUCUACUGUCACGCUUGCUGUGUGUUAAUAAACAAAAAGGAAACUUG